CUUCUGCGUCCCUGUCAGGGUGCCCUCAGGAGCCUCCAGUUGAAACUCCAGCAAAAGCCAGGCAUGAUGGCUGUGGACACAAGAAAGUCUGCUGGCCAGCUGUUCCAAGCCCCAUGGGGUCAGCAGGGGCCUGUGAUGGUAAAAGUGAAGUUGGAGGAAGACCACCCCAGGAAUCAGGGUCUCAGCCUUCCAGAGAACCAGCCUCCUGCCUGGGAGAUCUUCAGGCAGCAGUUUAGACACUUCUGCUACCAGGAUUCCCCUGGUCCCCAAGAAGCACUGAGCCGGCUCCGGGAGCUCUGCCAUCAGUGGCUCAGGCCAGAGACACAUACCAAGGAGCAGAUCCUGGAGCUGCUGGUGCUGGAGCAGUUCCUCUCCAUCCUGCCCCAGGAGCUCCAGGCCUGGCUGCAGGAACAUCAUCCAGAGAGUGGGGAGGAGGUGGUGACCAUGCUGGAGAAUCUGGAAAGAAAGAGAAAUCUUUCAGCCUGUGCUCUGGAACAGAAGAUCCUUUUGCAGACAGUGACACGUAAGACACUAGAUGAAGAAUCUUCAUGUACCCGAGUUCAGCCUCCAGCAGUCCAGUUCAAGGGCGAAGGACCUGAGCCCCACCCAUCAGAGGAAAGAGAUGGUGGUGUGAGGACUGAGAACCUGACAUUAGAAGUGAAGCAGGAACCUUAUGAAGAAACAUUAUGGUGUAGGGAGGGGUCUGAUGGACAUCAUGAAACUGUGUGUCAGCAUGCCACAUACAGAGGAGACAGUGAGCCUAGUGGAAGUUUGGAGUUGCAGGAUGGGGAUGCCACAGGUGAAAAAACAUAUGACUGUGAUGAAUGUAGGAAAACCUUCACUUGGAUAAGAGGCCUUCAGAUGCAUAGGAGGAUCCACAUUGGGAAGAAACCAUAUUCCAGUACAGAAUAUGGAAAGGCCUUCAUCAGACGUGCAGAACUUACCCAGCAUCAGGGGCUUCAAAGCAAGGGAAAACCUUAUCAGUGUAAAGAAUGUGGCAAAGGCUUCAGUCAGAAAGCAGGCCUCUCCCAACAUGUCAAAAUCCACACUGGAGAAAAGCCCCAUCAAUGUAAUAAAUGUGGCAAAUUUUUUAGUCAGAGAUCAGUUCUUACAAAGCAUCAAAGUCUCCACACUGGAAAGAAACCUUUUGAAUGUAUAUAUUGUGGGAAAACCUUCUGCCAUAGUGCAGACCUCACUGAACAUAAGCAAUUCCACAACAAAGAGAAGCCUUAUGAAUGUAAUGAAUGUGGGAAAACCUUCAGGCAGCGUUCAAAUCUUACUGAGCAUCAGCGAAUUCACAGUAAAGAAAAACUCUAUGAAUGUAAAGUAUGUGGAAAAGCCUUCACUCAGUAUGCAGGACUUAACCAACACCGGAGAAUCCACACUGGAGAGAAACCUUUUGAAUGUCCUGUAUGUGGACGAGCCUUUAGCCGGAGCUCAGAACUUAUAAUACAUCACAGAAUUCACUCAGGGGAAAAACCCUAUGAAUGUGCCGAGUGUGGAAAAACCUUUAGAGUGAACUCAACCCUGGUCAUACAUCAGAGAAGUCACACUGGGGAGAAGCCCUAUAAAUGUGAUGAGUGUGGUGAAGCCUUCAGUCAACACUCAGGCCUCAACAAACACAAGUUAGGAGGGAAGCACAGAAACCCUCCUAAACCGAGAAAAUAUACAUGUGAUGUAUGUGGGAAGACCUUUACGCAGUUAACUGGCCUGAGGAACCACAAAAGAAUUCACACUGGGGAUAAGACCUACCAAUGUCCUGAGUGUGGCAAGGCCUUCACAAGGGGAGAGCAUCUUAUUGAACAUCAGGGGAUUCGCAACAAGGAGAAGCCUUAUCAAUGUAAAGAAUGUGGCAAAGCCUUCAGUCAGAAGACAGGUCUUAGUCAUCAUCUCAAAAUCCACACAGUAGAGAAACCUUUCAAAUGUUCUGAAUGUGGGCGAGCCUUCAGCUGUAAGUCAAAUCUCAAUAAACAUAAGAGAAUCCACUCUGAGGAAAAAUCCUAUACAUGUAAAUAG